GCGAGUCGAAGGUCGUGGGCGCAGGUAUUCUCCAAAAUUCCCAACUGCUUACGAACUCUGAACGGGAAUUGGGAUUCCAAUGGAGGGAGAGAUGGAGAUGGAGAUUAAUAAGAUUGGGGUAACUGCAGUUCCUCUUUCCCCUGUUUUCCUUCUCACCACAAUUCCACGUUCCCUCCCCCAAUAAAUCCAUUACCACCCCACCCCCCACUUCUUACCCUAUUAAAUUCACUUUUCCAGAGGGGUUUCGGACAACCAUCGAAAAACAAAAGCAGGAGGUAUGCCCGGGGGAGACGACGUCGAAAAUAGAGGAGAGAAAACCAGGCGCCACUCGGCGGCGGACGACAGGGACGACAGAGGCUGGGUGUCGUGGCUGAUUCCGGUCUUCGUGGUGGCUAAUGUCGCUGUGUUUCUGGUGGUGAUGUAUUUGAACAACUGUCCCAAGCGUAUCAAGGAGAGUAAUAUCGGAGGCUCCGAUAAGUGUGUCCUGAGGUUCCUCGGGAGAUUCUCCUUCCAGCCUCUGCGCGAGAAUCCUCUCUUCGGUCCUUCUUCUUCCACAUUAGAGAGAUUGGGUGCUCUUAGCUGGACGAAGAUUGUGCACCAGCAUCAAGGAUGGAGGCUUAUCUCCUCCAUCUGGUUGCACGCCGGCGUCAUACACUUGGUCGCGAAUAUGCUCAGCCUCGUGCUCAUCGGCAUCCGCCUCGAGCAGCAUUUCGGCUUCGUUCUGAUCGGGACAAUAUUUCUGCUCUCCGGAUUCGGCGGUAGCAUUCUGUCUGCCUUAUUCUUACACGACAGAAUCUCCGUCGGCGCUUCCGGCGCACUCUUCGGCCUUCUCGGGUCUAUGCUGUCGGAGUUGAUCACAAACUGGUCUAUGUACACUAACAAGAUUGCGGCAUUUGUGACACUUUUGGUGAUAGUUCUUAUCAAUUUAGCCGUUGGGAUUCUGCCCCAUGUCGAUAACUUUGCACACAUCGGAGGUUUCUUGUCUGGAUUCCUCCUCGGAUUUGUCCUGCUGCCGCGCCCUCAGUUCGAGUGGCUCGAGCGCCACAACCUCCCAGAUCGUGUCCGAAUCACUCCUAAAUACAAGGCCUACCAGUAUGUGCUGUGGGUGGUUUCUCUGGCACUGCUGAUUGCUGGGUUUACUGUAGGACUGGUGAUGCUGUUUCGCGGAGUGAACGGUUACGAUCGCUGCCAUUGGUGUCGAUACUUGAGUUGCGUACCGACCUCUAAAUGGAAGUGCGAUGCUCGCUGACUAAAGCCAAAAGUUUCGGGUGAGUUAGGCAGUCGUAUAUUUACAUUUACAUCGUCUACGUAUAGAUGUUAGUCGUGUUUUGAUGAUUCUUUCCUUGUUUGUUUCGUUAAUUUGCUUCUUGCAUUUCCAUUUCCACGCUCCAAUGAAACCGGUGUUGUUUACGAUUUCUUGAGAACCUUAACAGUUUAGGAUACGAGAAAGAUGUUCGAUGCAUACAAACUUUUACACA